AUGGCGACGAGAAAGAUUUUGGUUGGAAAGUACGUGGUUCUGAUCCUGUUCUUUAUUUUGGAUACAAUCAGAUCUGAAAAUGGUUAUCAGCACAGAUUUGCAGGAUAUCAGCUUUAUGUAUCAAAUACCACCAACUCGCCAACAGACGGUGUCCUCUGUUUUGAGGACAACAGUAGCACUAACAGUUCAGUACAGUUGGUGGUGACACACCAGUGCCCGUAUGUAGGUCAAUAUGUAACCGUGUACAACUAUAGAAGCAGCACAAAAAGAUACAACUGGUAUAGUGAUGAAGCUCUUCUGGAGUUAUGUGAGGUACAGGUGUUUGGAUGUCAAGUAGGGAGAUACGGUGACGGACACUGUAACAAUCAGUGUCCAGGGACCUGUUAUGGUGGUAACUGUAACUCCACAACAGCUGCCUGUUUCUAUUGCAUUCCCGGAAAGUACGGUAACACAUGUGAUCAGGACUGUCCUGCAAAUUGUAGGGAUAUGUUGUGUGAAAAGUCCACGGGAAACUGUAUUGAUUGUGUUCCUCAGACGUACGGCAUUCGAUGUGAAUAUGACUGCUCUACAAGUUGUCAGGGCCAACUGUGUGAGAAAGUAAACGGGAACUGUUAUGAUUGUGUUCCUCAGAAGUAUGGCAUUGGCUGUGAACAGUCUUGUUCUACGAAUUGCCAGGGCCGACUGUGUGAGAAAGUCAACGGAAACUGCGAUGGGUGUAUAGCUGGAUGGUAUGAUGUAACAUGUUUACUUACUUGCCCAGUGACGUGCAAAGACUUUUUGUGUCAUCCACAGACCGGACAUUGCUUAGAUUGUUACCCAGGAAAGUACGGAGUGGUGUGUGGUGCUGAUUGUCCGGACACAUGUACGGACAACAUCUGUAAUAAGGACAAUGGACACUGUCUAUCCACUGGUCUAACCACUGAAUCACCUAACACAAACGAGUCCUCAGUCGAAUCUUAUCUAAUAGCCGUCUUGGCUGUUGUUUGUGGGCUGUUUUUAGCUGCAUUGGGCGCCAUAGCAGUGUUGGUAUUCUUUCUUCGGUAAGUAUUCAAAUUUCUUUGACA